UCCCUGCUGGCCUCUCUCUGUCUCUCUCUCUUUCCUCCUCUCCCGUCUGACACUAGUCUACCUGAAGGGGAAGUGCACAAAGCGGAUCAGGAGAGCUGGCCGGUGUCGUGCCCGGGCCCGGUGCGCUAUGCUGCGGUAAACCAGCAGAGGAAGAGACGGCGCUGACGGGGAUGUAGAGACGAGGCUCGCAGGCACCGCUCCCCCGGACCCUGCACCGGCUCUGCCCGGCCGGCUCUGCACCGGCUCUGCCCGGCUCUGCACCGGCUCUGCCAAGCACACAAGAUGUCGACCAGAACGCCAUUGCCCACGGUGAACGAGCGCGACACCGAGAACCACUCAUCAGUGGAUGGCUUUGUCGAGCCCCCAGCUCCACCAACAAAGUCGGCGAGUCGUCACAGCCUCCCAAGAUGUCGCAACUCUUUCACCUCAACGGAUGAGCAGCCUCAUAUUGGCAACUAUCGCCUCCUCAAGACCAUUGGCAAGGGAAACUUUGCCAAAGUGAAGCUGGCACGGCACAUCUUGACUGGAAGAGAGGUGGCGGUGAAGAUUAUAGACAAAACCCAGCUGAAUCCAACCAGUCUACAGAAGCUCUUCAGGGAAGUCAGAAUAAUGAAGCUAUUGAAUCAUCCUAAUAUAGUAAAAUUGUUUGAAGUUAUUGAAACCGAGAAGACGCUUUAUUUGGUAAUGGAAUAUGCAAGCGGCGGAGAAGUGUUUGAUUAUCUAGUGGCUCACGGCAGGAUGAAGGAGAAAGAGGCCAGGGCCAAGUUCAGACAGAUUGUAUCUGCAGUGCAGUAUUGUCACCAGAGAAGGAUAGUACACCGAGAUCUAAAGGCGGAGAACUUAUUGCUUGAUGCAGAUAUGAACAUCAAGAUAGCCGACUUUGGCUUCAGCAACGAGUUCACAGUGGGCAGUAAGCUGGACACUUUCUGUGGCUCGCCGCCGUACGCUGCACCCGAGCUCUUCCAAGGAAAGAAGUACGACGGCCCCGAAGUGGACGUGUGGAGCCUCGGGGUCAUUCUCUACACGCUGGUCAGCGGAUCACUGCCCUUCGAUGGGCAGAACCUAAAGGAGCUGAGGGAGCGGGUGCUGCGGGGAAAGUACCGCAUUCCUUUCUACAUGUCCACAGACUGUGAAAACCUGCUGAAGAAACUCCUGGUCCUCAACCCAGUGAAACGAGGCAGUCUGGAGCAAAUCAUGAAAGACCACUGGAUGAAUGUGGGCCACGACGAGGAUGAGCUCAAACCGCACAUCGAGCCUGAGGCGGACUUCGGCGAUUCAUCCAGAAUAGAGCUCAUGGUGACGAUGGGUUUCCCCAAAGAUGACAUCACGGACUCGCUACAGAAACACAAGUACAACGAGGUCAUGGCUACCUACCUACUAUUAGGCAGAAAAGCUCCGGAGUUCGAGGGCAGCGAGCCUCUGACUAACAGCAUCCUGGGUCAGCGACAGAGGCCGACCAGCGACAUCAACAAUAGUUCCAGCAUUUCUCCCGCCCAUCCCAAAGUCACGCGCAGCAUCUCGACCAAUCAGAAGCAGCGCCGCUACAGUGAUCAUGGUGGGGAUGAUGAUGGUGGCGGUAUCAUAGAGAAGCCAAUGGGUCCAUCCGUGCCACCAGCAGUGUCGUAUUCGAAGCGUGGUCAGGCCCUGAGCGUGGAGAGUGACCACAGGGAGGAGUGGGAUGGAGCGCGCCGGUUAGAGCUCAGCACGUCCAAAGGAGACGUUCCCGCCUCGCCAUCGGGGGUGCAAGAGAGAAAGAAAGCUACAAGUGCAGUGGGGACCAAUGGUUCAAUGACUCGUAGGAACACGUACGUAUGUGAACGAUCCUCUACUGACCGCUACGUGGCUAUUCCCAACGGCAAAGACAGCAGUUUAACCGAAGUGUCCGGUAGCACCUCUUCAACUGCAAUGAGCUCGACGCGACCGCGUCACACCAAGUCCAUGUCAUCAUCAGGGCAUCCUUCAAAGAGCACACUGCCCCCCAUCGAUGACAACACAGAGCUCAAGUCCAGCUCCUCUCCACGUGGUCCCUCCGCCUCUCCAUCUGCACACAGUAUUAGCACCCCGGAGAAGAACCGCUUUCCCCGAGGAACCACCAGCCGCAGCACCUUCCACGGAGCUCAGCUCAGAGACCGCCGCAGCGCCACGUACAACGGCCCCCCAGCUUCCCCUACUUUGUCCCAUGACACUGGGGCUCUGGCACAGCAGCGCAGGGGAACUUCCACAGGCAUCAUCAGCAAGAUCACCUCCAAAUUUGUCCGCAGAGCUCUGUCUUUCAGGUCGUCCCGGAGGGUGCCGAGUGAAGGAGAGGCCAGCGCCAGGACAGAAACGCCGAGGAGCACAUCUGGUGAAACUAAGGAGGACGGCGGUCGGGACUCUAAGCCCCGCUCGCUGCGUUUCACGUGGAGCAUGAAGACCACCUCCUCCAUGGAGCCCGCCGACAUGAUGAGAGAGAUCAGGAAAGUUCUGGAUGCCAACAGCUGCGACUACGAGCAGCGCGAGCGUUUCCUGCUCUUCUGCGUCCACGGCGACGCUCGCCAGGAUAACUUGGUCCAAUGGGAGAUGGAGGUGUGCAAGCUGCCCCGCCUUUCACUCAACGGCGUGCGCUUCAAGAGGAUAUCGGGCACGUCCAUCGCCUUUAAAAACAUCGCCUGCAAAAUUGCCAAUGAGCUCAAACUGUGACGGCAGAUGGAGGCCCAGGCAGUCUCCUGUGAGCUCUGGCUACAGUCUCAUCUCCUCACUGGAUUAGUGUUGACUUACACGACAAAAUCAGCACUGAAGGUCCUCACCUGGAAGAGUCAGGGUGGGCUCGGCUGGUGACGUGCAAUACUGGCCACGAAUGUACUGUACAGGGUAGUGGGUCAGAGAGAUCACGAGGUUUAACCUGUGUGACAGACAGACAGCGAAAACCGCUAACCCUUCCCUUCGUUUUCUCCGUCCGACCCCCCCAUCCCUCUCUCAUCAGCCCGCUGCUCCGUGUCUGAGGACGUAGUCUUGAAACAAAUGCAGUAUGCAACUGAAGAUGACCAUCCUGCAAUAAUGUUUUCAGUCUCUUUUUCUAAUUGCCUACUUCAAGAUCUAUUCUCCAUGCUAAAUAACCAUUGAAAUUACUGUAAGCUAAAAUAACCGCUUUUCCACCUGUUUUAAGGCAGUAUAUAGAUCAGGCUGGAGCCCAUACUAAAACUAUGUAAAAAGAGAAUUGUACUGUAUGCAUAACAUCUGCAGGUACUGUAUUGUAUAUUGAUUUUGAGUUCUGUACAGAAUUUUACUGUUAAUACCGUCUUUUUUUUCAUGGGAUUGAGUUAUUUCCUAAUUGAGGUCUUUUAGAUCAUCGUUCUUUCUGUCUGUGAGGUUUUUUUUUGUAAGAGCCACCAUAAACAUAGUGUUUUUAAUUUUAUUUAAACGGCACUAAAUUAUUUUGUGGAGUAUGAAGGGAUGUGUUCCCUCGCCUUUUACGUUUUUUUUUUUUGUUUUUUUUUGCCUAUGGGGAAAAAACAACUACAAAAACAACAAAAAAAAAAACACUAAGUUGCACCACACAGACUUGAGUAGUAAAUUCAGUUGUGACUGAAAAUGUGUUCACUUUAUUUUCUCUCUGCAGCAGGUACUGGUGAUCGGAGAUCGCUGCUGCAGUUGCACAAGUAUUCCAGGGUGAUCUGUAUGAACAUGAGAGUAUGCGAUUGUUUCUUUCAUGUCAGUUUGUUGGUCCUCAGUUACAAAAAAAAAAAGCAGGGUUUAAAUCGGUUUACUCUAGAAAGCAGUGAUCAGGAUGUCUUGAUCCAGACAGCUGAGGAUGCAUGAGAAGUCAAAUUUUGAGAUUUUGAGAUUUAGUCGUGGAGCCUUUCUAAAGAGCCUGAUUUGGUCCUGCUACCAUGUGAUUCUGCAGGUACUUGUAUAUCUCCUUGCUUAUUGUUAUUAUUAUUAUUUUUUUUUAAUUCAUCAGAUUUUAUUGUAUUUAUUCCAUUACAUUGUAAUGUGCUGCUUUGUAGAUUUGAGGCGUGCACUUUGUUGGAGAAAAUUAAAAGGAUUUUAUUUGU